CCUCCCGUUUCCCAUACAAACUCCUGUCGGCCUCGUUGUCCAGGUCUUGUGACUUUACAGCUCUGCCGUCAACAUGAGCCGCUUGCUGGGGUUCACCUUCGUCUUGCUGGCUCUCGGUUCCUGCCGGGGGUUUUGGGACCACCACGUCGACGGAGAGCCCGAGCUCGUCUCCCAGCCCUCCAAAUACGGCUCUCUGUGGCCUCUGCCGCAGAAGGUGCAAAUUUCGGACGUCUCCUUCAAGCUGAGCUCCUCCAGCUUCAGCAUCACCGAUGCCAAACAGUCUGCAGCCGGCCCGAGCUGCGGCCUCCUUCAGCUGGCCUACAGGAGGUACUAUGAAUACAUAUUUGGGGGCGCUAAAAGGCAGAAGGCGAACAAAGGCGCGAGGGUAGGUGCCACGGACCUGUUGGAGCUGCAGGUGUGGAUCACAUCACCUGACUCGGAGUGUGACGGUUACCCCAGUGCGUCUUCUGACGAGUCAUAUGAGCUGACCGUGGAUCAGCCAUUCGCUGUCCUGAAAGCACCGAAGGUUUGGGGAGCCCUGCAUGGUCUGGAGACGUUCAGCCAGUUGGUCUAUGAGGACGAGUACAGAGCUAAAACCAUCAAUUCGACGGUUAUCAGCGACUUCCCAAGAUUUGCUCACCGUGGCGUCUUGCUGGACACGUCACGGCAUUUCCUUCCAGUUAAAGUCAUCCUGACAAAUCUGGAAAUCAUGGCGAUGAAUAAAUUUAACGUCUUCCACUGGCACAUCGUUGACGAUCAGUCUUUUCCCUACUUGAGCCAGACGUUCCCAAACUUGAGCCAAAAGGGCGCUUACCACCCGUACACCCACGUGUACACACCCGCCGAUGUGAAAAUGGUGAUUGAGUUUGCCCGCCUCAGAGGCAUAAGGGUGGUCUCUGAGUUUGACACCCCAGGACACACGCAGUCUUGGGGUAAAGGUCAACCUGACCUGCUCACGCCUUGCUACUCGGGCUCGAAGCCCUCUGGCACCUUCGGACCGGUGAACCCCAUCCUCAACUCCACCUACGACUUCAUGAAGCAGUUCUUCAAAGAGAUCAGUGAAGUUUUCCCCGACGCUUACGUUCACCUGGGAGGUGACGAGGUGCCUUUCUCGUGCUGGCAGUCCAAUCCAGACAUUCAGAAGUUCAUGGAGCAACAAGGCUUUGGAACGGACUACAGGAAACUGGAGUCCUUCUACAUCCAAAAACUUCUGGACAUUGUCGCUGCUACCAAUAAAGGCUACAUCGUCUGGCAGGAGGUCUUUGACAAUGGAGUUAAGCUGAAACCAGACACACUAAUCCACAUUUGGAAAGGAACCCAGGAGGCAUACCAGUCUGAGAUGGCAAGAAUUACGUUGGUAGGGUACAAGACCCUGCUGUCCGCUCCCUGGUACCUGAACCGUAUCACCUAUGGCCAGGACUGGUCGGGCUUUUACAGAGCCGAUCCACAAGAUUUUCAGGGAACUGAAGAACAAAAGAAGCUUGUGAUUGGUGGAGAGGCCUGUCUGUGGGGAGAGUAUGUGGACGCUACGAAUCUGACACCGAGACUCUGGCCUCGAGCCAGUGCUGUAGCAGAGCGGCUGUGGAGCGCCAAAGAGGUCACAGACAUUGGCGACGCCUUCACUAGACUUUCUCUUCACCGCUGUCGCUUGGUAGAGCGUGGGAUACCAGCUGAGCCGCUGUCUCCCAGCUUCUGCCUGCAUGAAUACAAGGGCGUCUGAGUGCUGACGUGCUGAUCUGGCAACCGAAAAGGGAAAGCACACAUGCGCUCACAAUCAACCUUUAUGCUUGGUUUGUAAAAUUGGAGAAUCGAAAGAGGAGCUCCUGCUUCAGAGCUGCCAAUGUACUUAUUGAAUGUGAUUCACAAAUCUUAUGUUCCAUGUCGAUAUGAAUAAUUAUUUUCUAUAUGUGUUUGUUAGUGGGAAUGUUUCUUAAGAUUUCAAUAAAUUAUGAAAUUGUAA